CCUAUUUCAGGUUAUGCUGGACACUGUGGGACCAGAACUGCAGGUUGUAAAUAACAGUGAACAUUCCAUUUCGCUUCAGGAAAAUGGUUAUGUUGUUCUAACACCAGAUCAGAAUAAGGAAGCCACUUCAGAGUUAUUGCCAAUCAAUUUUUCUGGAUUGUCAAAAGCAGUGAAGGAAGGAGAUACCAUUUUUAUUGGCCAAUACCUGUUCACUGGAAGUGAAACUACUUCUGUUUGGCUGGAGGUAUCUGAGAUUAAAGGGGACGAUGUUGUCUGCAUGAUUAAAAAUUCUGCUACUCUUGCUGGUUCCUUGUUCACUUUGCAUGUUUCUCAAAUCCGUAUUGAUCUACCUACCCUGACUGAUCAGGAUAAAGAAGUUAUAAGUACAUGGGGUGUUCGUAACAGUAUAGAUUUUCUCUCCUUGUCAUCUACUCGGCAUGCAGAAGAUGUUCGCCAUGCCCGUGAGUUCCUUUCCAAAUUGGGUGAUCUUAAUCAGACCCAUAUCUUUGCAAAGAUUGAAAACAUAGAGGGCCUAACCCAUUUUGAUGAGAUUCUACAAGAAGCAGAUGGAAUUAUUCUUUCUCGUGGGAAUCUGGGCAUUGAUCUUCCUCCUGAGAAGGUCAGGUUUCUGAACUUGGACAGAGGAGCAAUUUAAAAUGUUUUGGAUGACAACUUCAGUGGU